AACAGAAGAAGAAGAGCUGUAUAGUUAUUCCCCUCCUCCUCCUCUGCUUCCUGCUCCACUUGUGGGCCGACCUCAACCUGGCUGUCCUCGUGGAUACAGGACGAGCCCACCACCGGCAUGGACCCCAAAGCCAGGAGGGCCCUCUGGAACUGCAUCCACAGCAUCAUCAAGGAGGGACGCUCCAUCGUCCUCACGUCCCACAGUAUGGAGGAGUGUGAGGCUCUGUGUACCAGGAUGGCCAUCAUGGUGAACGGCAGGUUCAGAUGUCUCGGCAGCGUCCAACACCUGAAGAACAGGUUUGGAGACGGAUACACCAUCAUCCUGAGGGUGGGGGGGCCGGACGGAGACCUGCUGCCCGUCAUGAAGUUCAUUGAGAGCGAGCUGAGCGGCAGCACUCUGAAGGAGAAACACAGGAACAUGCUGCAGUACCAGCUGCCAUCUUCUCUCACCUCACUCACACACAUCUUCUCCAUCCUUGCCAAGAACAAGGACCUGCUGAGGAUCGAGGACUACUCCGUCACCCAGACCACCCUGGACCAGGUGUUCGUGAACUUUGCAAAGGACCAGAGUGACGACUAUCACUCCAAAGACUCGGUGCGUCGCCGAGACGUCGCCGUUGAUGUUUCCACGCUGAGUGGAGCAGCUGAGGAGGGGGGGGGAAUGCUGAAGGAGAGCUUCAUGUGAUCGACCCCUCACCUGUCGUGAUGUCAUACCUGUGGGCGGAGUCACCUGCUGCUUCAUGCCAGUCAAUGCAAAUGAUUCCCUGCGUAGCUGCCGCCCACCAGCCUGUUAAAGACCCUUGAAUAUCCGCCUCUGAUUUCUUCUUCUGUGAUUAAUGAACUCUGCGUCCGUUGAACCAACGAAGAAGAAUCAAAUAAUUUAAAAUGGCCGAGGGCUCGACUGCAACAAUCACAUGUUUAGAAAAACGUUUGAUUUCGUUUUUAUCGUGUCAGUUUUAUUUAUGUGUAGCUGAAACGGAGUGUGAUUCCUCGUCUUAUUUUGGCGGGGCGUGUCUGUUUCCUGUAGUGUUUUAACAGCCAAUCAAAGCGCUCGAUGCAAAGCGCUGCACAAUGACGACAAAGACUGAUUUUCUAGUUUUUUAAAGAAAAGAUGUGAUUUGUUAGUGUUUGUGUGAAGUAAAUACCUCCGAGUAUUGAACAGUCGAACAGCUGAUCGAUCUGAAGGAGCUCCGCCUCCUCAGCACUUUACACAUUUAUUUAACCCUGAACGACACAAUAAAGAGACAAAUCCAG